GUCUCGUGAAUACCAAUGUCCCUAUAUUAGACUCUCUGGCAUGUCUCGCGACAGCUGCGUGGAUCUGAGACGGGUGAUCCAUGUUUCAAGGGUGUAGGUGGGGUGCUGCGAGGAGGUGAGACUCCUUCGGCUGCGUAUGGUACGCAUCCAGACCUUGGACGACAGCAUAAAUGAUGACGCAAUUCAUCCAGGCGAAGUUAUCGCUGCACUGGUGCACCUGGAAAGUGGCAGCUGCGCAAUUUGACCCAUGUUUAGAGCCCCGGCUCGUGGUGCAACUUACACGAAGUCAUUCACAAUUCUGUACAACAAGUCCACCUCGACCGGGCUCGAAUUUGUCAACCUCCACAAGCAUAGCGGAUGCAGGACUCGUACAUGCAUAUUCAUCGCCCUGUUCUUAUGACAAACUAUUUAAAUGAGCACCGUACGAUCACGAGCUCUCUAACACUAGUGCCAACAACACCUCAUACUCUCCUCCACAUUUAAUGCUGA